CUCUGUGACACUAUCCAGCACUGACUACAUAUGGACUAGCCCUGCCCUCUGACUGAUUCACUCAGAAGCUGCUUCUCCUGCAACCAGCAGCACAGUUGCUUUUCUGUUCUCCAUACCUUUGUGAAAGGAUGUUUACCUACAGGGUCACGGUGGCUACAGGCACAACGUAUUACUCAGGAACAAACAAUUACAUCUAUGUCUCUCUGAUAGGAGAGAAAGGUACAAGCCGGAGAACCAAACUGGACAAGUGGCUUCAGAAUGACCUGGAGCGUGGAAGUGUGGAUGAAUAUGAGGUGAAAAGUGAGAGGGAGCUGGGCUCAAUCUGGUGGGUGCAGUUGGAGAAAGUGAAGUUCCUAGUGGAAGAUGACUGGUUUUGCCGUUAUUUGACAGUAUGCACCCCCUCAGGAGAUGUCCUGCACUUCCCCUGCUACAGGUGGAUGAGUGAAGAGGACGUCAUCUGUGUUCGGCAAGGAACAGCAAAGAGACCCUUUGAUGAUAAGAUGCCUGAACUUCAGUCCCAUCGACAGAAGGAACUGCAGGAAAGGCAGAAGCUAUACAGGUGGAAACUGUGGAAACCUGGGGUAACCAAAUGCAUUGAGGCUGAAACAGAGAUGGACCUUCACCCAGAUGUCAAAUUUGACGACGAUAAACGCGCUGACUUCAAACACUCCUUCUACGUGGCUUUAGGGGAACUUUUCUUGAAGAAGUUUGUGAAUAUGUUUGGAGACUCCUGGGAUAGUCUGGAAAGUUUUCAGAGGAUCUUCUGGCGAGUUAAGAGUGUUACAGGAAACUUUGUGGUGAAACACUGGAAGGAGGAUUGGUUUUUCGGAUACCAGUUUAAGAAUGGAUGCAACCCCUGCCUGAUUGAGAAGUGCAGGGAGAUCCCAGAGAAGUUUCCAGUGACAAAUAAAAUGGUCUGCCAAUCCCUCAGAGGCUCCACGUUGGAGGAGGAAAUUAAGAAAGGAAACAUUUACAUUGUGGAUUACAAGGUCUUGGAUGGAGUUCCUGCCAAUGUAAUAAAUGGAGUUCAGCAGUACAUCGCAGCUCCAAUUUGUCUCCUGUACCAGGAUCCUGAAAACAGGCUGAUGCCAAUCGCCAUCCAGCUCCGCCAAGUCCCCGGAUGCGAUAACCCUAUUUUCCUGCCCACGGACCAGGAAAAUGCCUGGCUCCUGGCAAAGAUUUGGGUGCGGAGUUCCGAAUUCCAGCUGCACCAGAUAGUCUACCACCUGUGCGGGACCCACUUGCUGGGGGAAACUUUCUGCAUUGCGACCUUGAGGCAGCUGCCUGCCGUGCACCCGAUUUUCAAGCUCCUCACCCCACACACGAGGUACACACUAGAGAUAAACACCCGGGCCCGAAGUGACCUCUUGGGCAAGGAUGGCGUCAUUGCCAGGGUGGUUGCCUCAGGAGGCGUUGGUCAGGAUGUCAUUGCACAGAAAGGGUUUCAAGCAUUCAGCUACGAGGCCAUGUGCCUGCCAGAUAACCUGAAGAAACGUGGGACUGAAGGGUUGAAGGAAUACUAUUAUCAAGAAGAUGGCCUCCAACUCUGGUUUGCAAUCAAUAAGUACGUCAAAGGCAUUACAGAGCUCUACUAUGAGACUGACGAGGAUGUACUCCAGGACAGUGAACUACAGGCUUGGAUUAAAGAUCUGGCACAGGAGGGAUUUCAGGACCUUCCAGGAAUUGGAAUCCCGUUGGUCCUUCACACCCGAGAUGAGAUGUGCAAGUUCCUCACCAUGGUGGUCUUCACAUGCUCAGCCCAACAUGCUGCAGUAAAUAAUGGACAGUAUGACUGGUCGUGUUGGGUACCAAACACUCCCUGUACAAUGAGACAGCCUCCCCCGGUAAAAAAGGACAACAUUUCAAUUCAGAACCUCAUGGAAACCUUGCCAGACAUGAGCCAGUCCGCUGUGCAGAUGGCUUUCACCUGGCAUCUGGGCCGACCACUUCCUAACAAGAUAUUACUGGGCUCUUUUGAUGAGGAAUACUUUACAGAGGAAGGGGCCAAGCAAAUCAUCACAGAGUUUCAGAAAGACCUGCAGCAGAUUGAGAAGCAGAUUCAGGAGCGUAACAAAAGAUUGCCUCUGCCAUAUGAGUACCUGAAACCUUCCAACAUUGAGAACAGCAUCAGCAUCUGAAUCUUCACUUACAGCCCCUUUGCAACCCAACCAGGACCAAUUAGACCCAUGACAACAUCAAAAAGAAUAUUAUGUUAUAUCCUUGGUCCCACAAUGGGAGAAAGCUGGGCUGGAGGUUCCCAAUUUCACCUUCCAGCAAACCCCUCUUGCUCUGCAAGGAGAUACCUGUCCACUUGGUGAGGUUUCCAACUCUCAAGGAUUGGUGUGGAAUCUCUAAACUUUGACAAUUAAUUUCCAGGACACUGCCCUGUGCGACACUGGGGCCAUAUCGGCAUUAAAGAAAGCACUUAUGUUUGUCAUUUUCCUUUAACCAAUGAUUCAAAAAUUGGAAUAAAAUGAUAUUUAGAUGACAAUCAAACAUCA